AUGGGGUAUGGUUUGUGGGUGUUUUGGUGUUGUGUUGAAUUUGUAUGGGGGGUUGGAGUUUUUUUGGUUUGGGGUGUGAGGGUGGGGGUUUGGUUGGGGGUUUUGGGUUUGGGGGUUUGGGAUGUGAGGGUGGGGGUGGAUUGGGUUUUGGUUUUUAUGGUUGGUUGGUUUUGUGGAGGUGUAAUUGAGUGGGUGGGUUUUUUUGGAGUUUUGAUUGGGGUUGGGUUGUUUUGGGUUUUGUUUGAUGUGGGGGGUGUAAAGGGGGAUUUGGGGGUUUGUUUGGUUGGGGGGGUGUUGUAUGGGGUGGGGAGGGGGGGGUUUGUUGUUUGGUUUGAUUAUUUGAGGGAUGGGGGGGGGGGUGUGGAUGUAGUUGGGUGGGUGUAA